AUGGAUGAAGAUUUCGACAAAAACGAGCUGACAGAGCAACUCAUCAAUUUGAAAAAAGUUGUUAGUGAGAAAGCUGAGAAUGUUGAUUUGACAGAGAAACAGCUCGACAAUUUUCAGCAAUUUUUCGAAAGUGUCAAUCAAAAAGUGCGCCAGAUUCGAACAGUUCGAGCCGCUCGAAUCAAGGCGGAAAACGAGAAAAAGGUUGAGGAAGAGAGGAAAAAAACCGAAUACGCAGCGAGAGAGAGGGCAAUAAUUGCACACGAAAAUCAAUUGGAAGAAGCAAGGCAACGGUUGGAACAGUCGGUUUUUGAUGUGUCGGCCACCUCGAUAAAAUCGGAAACACCACCUCUGAACAAUGAGUCAUUGUUAAAUACCUCCCCUGAGGACACAGAAAUCGAAGACGCUGAAGUCGACGGAUCAGAGCCCGCGAAUCCGACGUCUAACGAUCCGCACGUGGAUUUCUUGUCAUUUAUUCAAGCAGAUGGAGCUUAUUUGAUGCUCUCAAAACAAGAAUUCGCGCCAAAACUGAAGGAGGACAUCAAAAACGAGCGAAUCGGCUAUCCACUCGGUGUCGCCUACGACGAAAUCAUCAAAUUGUGGUUGGUUUGUGAUAGAGACAACAGUAAAGUGCUGCUAAUCAAUACGAAGAAACAAGCGGUGAACAUAUGUGAUGCGAUAUCCCAUCCAACAGCUCUAAUUAUCUACGAAGAAGGAAAAUCGGCGGCGAUUUUGUGUUCGACAGACGCUCGGAACAAUCAUAUGAUAUAUAUAUACCACUACAGUGUCGCUGAACCAUUCCUUCAGACAUUUGCAAGUUUUGAGGAUCCCAUUUAUGAUAUCAGAUUCCAACUGAGAGGAAUCGCAAAGUCCGACGGCAAGAAUCUGUUGUCAAUCGAGAAUGCGCCGAGAGGAAAGAGACUUAGAGUAUUCAAACGAGAAGUUGGAGGAAAAGGAUUCGAGAUUCCUGGUGCGGCGAGCCCGAGUUUCCUGGCCACAUACCGGACGACUGUCGCGGUUUCUGAUCUUGGAAACAAUAAAGUUUACAUUAUAAAUUUUGACGAUAAGGAUUGGAGCAAUAUCUCGUUUAAUCCGAUUCGUGUCAUUGAAGCUACCAACGAUCUCGCGUGUCGAGAUCUCGCCAACGUCGCCGGAUUCAAAUUUGUCGCUGGAAUGCAAUUCGAUACGAACGGUUAUCUGCUGAUCGGUGAUGCUAAAGGACACUCGAUUAAGCUCUUCGACACCGACUACAACUUCCUUCACCGUAUCUCCAGUGACUUUGUCCUUCCCUACGUCUCCUCCUUCUACGUGAACAAAGCGGGAGAAUGUAUUCUACUCGACGUUCAGAAUUAUCGUGAACGUCUGAUGUGGGUGAAGAUGUCGUCGAUUCCUCAGAUAUUGGAUUGGGUGUCACCGCCCGGUGGCGGAGGGGGCGGAGCCUCCUCGGCGUCCUCGUCGUACCAAGGAAGACCACGCCGCGGUGGAUAUCAGCAGCAUCGACAAUAUUAA